UCCACGAAUUCUAUCCACAGACGACUCACAAUACGCUGUUCCUUCUUCCUUCUUUCCCGUCGCACCACUUGUGCUCUGAUCUCUUCGGUUCCGUUUCUCGGAUCGAAGGGAAAGGGAUGGGGAGGGAACCGAUGGAUCUGGCGGCGGCGGUGGCGCUGCUGCUGCUCUGCUUCGGGAUCGCAGGAGUUGCGUCGGACGCCUCCGACCACCGCUAUAAGAAAAGAGACUCCGUACCCCUCUACGCCAACAAGGUCGGCCCUUUCCAUAACCCUAGUGAGACGUAUCGCUACUUUGAUCUCCCCUUUUGCGCUCCAGAACAUGUGACUGAGAUUAGAGAAGCUCUUGGUGAAGUUCUGAAUGGGGAUCGCCUUGUAGAUGCCCCCUACAAGCUUAAUUUCCUAGUGGAUCUUGAUUCCAAACAGCUUUGCAAGAAGAAACUUACGAAAGAGGAUGUGGCCAAGUUUAGAAGUGCUGUUACAAAGGACUAUUAUUUCCAGAUGUACUUUGAUGACCUCCCCAUCUGGGGAUUCAUUGGGAAGGUUGACAAGGAAGGCAAAGAUCUGGGUGAUUAUAAAUACUACCUAUACAGGCAUAUCCACUUUGAUGUCCUCUAUAAUGGUGAUCGUGUGAUUGAGAUUACUGUCCACACCGACCCUAGUGCAUUGGUGGAUCUCACAGACGAUAAGGAAAUCGAGGUGGAUUUUAUGUACUCAGUCAAGUGGAAGGAGACAAGCACACCAUUUGAAAAGAGGAUGGAAAAGUAUUCACUGACAUAUUCACAAACGCAUCAUCUGGAGAUUCAUUGGUUCUCAAUCAUCAACUCAUGUGUUACAGUUCUUCUCUUGACUGGUUUCCUAGCCACAAUUCUGAUGCGGGUGUUGAAGAAUGAUUUUGUCAAGUAUGCCCAUGAUGAGGAGUCUGCUGAGGAGCAAGAAGAGACUGGCUGGAAAUAUAUCCAUGGAGAUGUGUUUAGAUUCCCAAAGAACAAAUCACUCUUUGCAGCAUGUCUUGGUUCUGGCACACAAUUAUUUGCUCUCACGGUUUUCAUUUUUGUUCUUGCAUUAAUUGGGGUUUUCUAUCCUUACAAUCGUGGGGCUCUUUUUACUGCUCUGGUAGUCAUCUAUGCACUUACCUCUGGCAUUGCUGGAUAUACUGCUACCUCUUUCUACUGUCAGCUCGAGGGAACAAAUUGGGUAAGGAAUUUGCUGUUGACCGGAUGCCUCUUCUGUGGGCCUCUUUUCCUGACAUUCUGUUUCCUCAACACUGUUGCUAUUGUGUAUAGUGCCACUGCAGCUUUACCAUUUGGAACCAUUGUUGUUAUUGUUCUCAUUUGGACAUUGGUAACCUCUCCGUUGCUUGUUUUGGGUGGAAUUGCUGGUAAAAAUAGUAAAAAUGAAUUCCAAGCCCCUUGUCGGACAAAAAAGUUUCCUAGAGAGAUUCCACCACUCCCUUGGUAUCGAGGAACACUUCCACAGAUGGCAAUGGCUGGUUUUCUGCCUUUCAGUGCAAUCUACAUUGAGCUUUACUACAUCUUUGCCAGCGUGUGGGGCCACAGUAUUUACACCAUAUAUAGCAUUCUGUUCAUAGUGUUCAUCAUCCUCCUCAUUGUGACCGCAUUCAUCACCAUUGCGCUAACCUACUUUCAGCUUGCUGCUGAAGACCAUGAAUGGUGGUGGAGGUCUUUCCUAUGUGGAGGAUCAACUGGUGUAUUUGUGUACGCAUACUGUUUGUACUACUACUAUGCCCGAUCUGAUAUGUCUGGCUUUAUGCAGACAUCCUUCUUCUUUGGUUAUAUGGCUUGCAUCUGCUAUGGCUUCUUCCUUAUGCUUGGCAUGGUUGGCUUCCGUGCAGCAUUGCUGUUUGUACGGCACAUCUAUCGAUCCAUCAAGUGUGAGUAACCUGUCAGUACCAAAUCGAAUUGAUGAAUCCGAUUGCUUUGGCAACCAUCCAGUUAAAUCUUGCCCUUUGCGGGGAUUAGGAGUAAUACCAGUUUGAACCGACAGGGCUCUGCUUCUUCCAGAAAUAGGCAGUUACUAAUCAUUAGUAUCUAUAGUUGUAUGUUUCCCUGUCUUUGAUCACUUGUUCCAUUUGCCAAUUCUUUGUAUGACAUUGUCAAGUAGUUUUUUUUACAUGUAUCUGCACAUUCGUGGAAUGGCUCUCUUAUGAACCACUUGGAUAA